UCUAAGAGAGGGGUCAGCACCUGCCCUUAUGGUGGUGUGGCUGAGAGCCCCUCUCAGACCCUCCAGAAGAUAAGAGGAUCUGUGCCCCCGAAGGCACAGGACCCAGGCGUCCCCAAGGUUCCAGCCUGAGCAGGGUCGGCUUUGUGAACCACUGCCAUUGCCUCCCUCAUGCUCCACCUCCACCACCGCCCCCCUCCUCGGAGCUUGGGGACAGGUGUCCCUGGCCCCCUUCCCCCACCUCCCCCUCCUGACUUUAGCUGCCUGGAUGCAAUGGGACCAUGGCACAGUUCCCGCCUGACCUGGCUCCUGGCAGGGUUUUAGGCCUUUCUUAGACCCCAGUCUACAGUAGGAGUUCCAGGGCACAGGGAGUGUGGUAGGGGGAGGGCAAGAUCCGGGACUGUACCUCCCAAGGAGAGUAUUCUUCAGCCUGGCCUGAGCCCCAGCAAAAGGACAGCGUCUUUACUUCCUACUGAGUUUCAGGGGUCCCUGUGGGAGGGUAUAAGAAGCUCUUGGAAAAAGCCCUAUACCGAAAGGGUCCCUCUUCCCUUCCUUCACCUCCGUGCCUACUGCCUGCCUGCCAGCCUGAACGCCCGCCAGCCAAUGAAGGGAGGUGAGGAGGAGGGGGUGACUUCGACUGCCAGAGCAAGAAAGGACUUCAUCCACCUCUCCCUCUUCACAGAUGGGAACUUAAGGCCCAAAGACUCGAACGGGCUUGCCAGGGUUCCUCAGCAAGUUUGCAGAUCUGAGUUAGCGGUUGAGCCGGUAUUAGAACCCAGGGCCCCCUGGAUGUGACGCUGACUCAGCCUGUGAGGAGCGGUCCAGUCUCAGACAGGCUGCAAAGCUGGGAGGAGACACGGAGCCUCAUCCCGGAGAAGGGGCCGUCAGAAGACGACCCAGACGUCGUCGUGAAAGGUGGGGAUCCACCUCAUGCGCUCUAGAGGCCCCAAUCCCAAUCCUCCACGGGAUAAUGUCUUCUCCUGCCGAUCCCCUUUCCCUCUUUCUCCCCGCAGGUUGGCUGUACCGCGAGCCCCGCGGAGGAGGGGCGCGGCCCUGGUUGCCCCCGCGCCGAGCCUGGUUCGUGCUCACCCGGGACUCCUUGGACCAGUUCAGCAGCAGCGGGAAGGGGGCGCGGCGCCUCGGGAGCCUCGUGCUCACCAGCCUGUGCUCGGUGACCGGCCCUGAGCGCAGGCCCAAGGAGACCGGUCUGUGGUCAGUGACCGUGUCUGGCCGGAAGCAUAGCGUCCGGCUCUGCUCGCCCCGCCAGGCUGAGGCAGAGCGCUGGGGGGUGGCGCUGCGCGAAGUGAUAGCCUCUAAGGCGCCGCUGGAGACCCCCACCCAGCUGCUGCUCAGGGACAUUCAGGAGAGUUAUGGGGACCCGGAAGCUGUGGCCCUUAUUUACAGACGGAACCCAAUUCUGAGGCACACUAGUGGGGCCCUGUAUGCCCCACUCCUGCCCCUGCCCUACGGAGUCAGUGCCCCAGGUCCGGGCUACGCUCCCUUGCGCGAGGAGGCGGUGCGGCUGUUCCUGGCGCUGCAGGCCCUGGAGGGGGCGCGGCGCCCCGGGCCCCUGAUGCAGGGUGUGCUCCAGACCUGCCGGGACCUGCCUGCGCUCCGAGAUGAGCUCUUCCUGCAGCUGGCUAAGCAGACCUCGGGCCCCGCAGGCCCCCCCGGGCCUCCAGCCACCCAAGACCCCGCGGCCCUGCGGUACUGGCAGCUCCUCACUUGCAUGAGCUGUACCUUCCGGCCUGGUGGGCCUGUACGGGGGCACCUCCUGGGGCAUCUGGAGAGGACUGAGCAGGCGCUUCCGGACUCGGAACUGGCGGAAUAUGCGCGCUUCAUACGAAAAGCGCUGGGCCGGACGCGCGGCCGGGAGCUGGUGCCCUCGCUGGCAGAGAUUUCCGCGCUGAGCCGACGGCAGGAAUUGUUGUGCACCGUGCACUGUCCGGGGGGUGGUGCCUGCCCUGUGGCCAUAGACUCCCACACCACGGCGGGAGAGGUUGCUCGAGAGCUGGUGGGGCGGCUGGGCUUGACCCGGAGCCGCAAUGCAUUCGCGCUGUACGAGCAGCGAGGGCCCCAGGAGCGAGCCCUGGCCGGGGGGACUCUCGUGGCCGACGUGCUCACCAGGUUUGAGAACUUGGCGGUGGAGGAAGCCGGGCUGGAGGACCCGCCGGACUCCGGAUGGAGACUGUGUCUGCGUCUUCACGGACCUCUGCACCCUGAGGGACUGUCCUCAGACGGUCACGAACUGCCCUUCCUCUUUGAGCAGGCUCAAGCUCUGCUGCUGCGCGGCCGUCCGUCCCCGCCCGACGACACGCUGCGCGCCCAGGCGGCGCUGCGCCUGCGGAGCCUGCACCGAGACUUCUCCCCGCGGGCGCCUCUGCCGCGCCUGGACCGCUUGCUGCCCACCCCGGCCCCGCCGCGUGAAGACCCUCUCCGCCCGGUGCCCAGGCCUCCCCGCUCCGCCGCCCUGCUGGCCGGGGCAAUCUGGAGUCCGGCCCUGGCCAAGAGGCGGGCGGAGCGGGCCCGGCGCGGCGGGGCCGGCCGCACGGCGGGAAGCGUGGCCCGCGAGGGAGGAGGUGGCGCCGGCACAGCGGCUGCUGUGCUGGGAGGCUGGAAGCGGCUACGGGGCAUGGGCCGAGCUGAGGCCAUGGCUGCCUACCUGGCUCUGGCGGCGCAGUGUCCAGGGUUCGGCGCUGCUCGGUAUGACGUUCUGGAGCUGAGCACGGAGCCUGGUGGGGGCGCUCCACAGAAGCUAUGCCUGGGCCUGGGAGCCAAGGCCAUGUCCCUCUCCCGACCGGGUGAGACACAGCCCGUUCACAGUGUCAGCUAUGGCCGUGUGGCCGCCUGCCAACUAAUGGGCCCCCACACCCUGGCAUUGAGGGUGGGAGAGAGCCAGCUCCUCCUGCAGAGUCCCCAGGUGGAAGAGAUCAUGCAGCUGGUGAAUGCCUACUUGGCCAACCCCUCCCCUGCGAGGCCCAGCAGUAGUCCUCCUCCAUGCCAAGACCUGCCAGACACCUCCCCUCCCAGCCAGCACCCGGGCCUGGACGAGCCCCAGGGACAGUCUGGCUGUUUGGGGCAGCUGCAGGACUGAGCUUGCCAAGAGGUCAUGACCUCCCUCUUGCCUCCAUCCUGGACUUGGACUGCUCUGCGAUUUCAGGGAACCAUGGACCCUUUUGGCCCUGCAGGGACAGGGCACACCCCACACCCAAGGGCUGCAAUGGGUGCAGACAAUUUUCUAGUUUGUUUCUUAAUUUAUUUGUAGAAGAGAAGACACACACACAAAAAUUCCUUAUUUACACAAA